CAGAUGCUUGCUAGAUCAGUCGAAAGUCAAAAGCUCCGGUCCCCCCUUCGACUUCUCCAAAUCGUCGCCCGCGGGCGGCUUAUCCCCACCACCGUAUUCCUCCCCCGAUCCAUUUCCACCUCGAUUCCGUCGCCAUGCUUCGCCGCCGCCGCCUCCUCCUCCUCCUCUCCGCGCUCUUCCUCUCCUCGGCGAUUAAAUCGGCCCUGCCGCACGGGGACCACGGCGAGGAAUCGGGAGGGAGCUGCGCGUUGGCUCUUGACGCAAGAGUAGUCGCCGAGUACGAGCCAGGCGUCGUUACUGUCGACGGGCACGCCGAUGAGUGGGCUGAUGUUGACGGGCCGGAGUUUGCUUUGCUGCCCGCUUUGGACCCGGAUGAGGACAAAGCCUACGGCGGCGGCAAGAUCGCCGUUAAGGCAUUGCAUGAUGGUAUUAAUGUUUACUUCAUGUUACAAGUCGAAGGGGAGUAUGCCUACUCUAAGGGUGACAAUCAGAAAUGCCCAUCGGUUGCUCUGAUGUUUCAAGUGGGGGAGAAUGCCACCUAUCACAAUAUGGGUGGGUGUAAAGACUUGCCUGGAACAUGCACCAGUAAAAGUUGCCGUGGUCAUGAAGUGGAUAUUAUGCACUUUUCGAUUGGAAGUGCAAUACCAGGACGGCUAUAUGGUGCUAAUCUUUUAGACAACGGAGAUGGGAAUGGUGGUGAUAGAUUUGGUCAUCUGGUUGAUGUUUAUUCAUGGAACCCACAUUGUCGGUACCUUGAUGGAAAGGGUCCUUCAGGAAAUAGUUCAAGUGCUCAAAAUGAUUGGCAAGGAGCUUGGUGGCACAGUUCACUUGACUUCCAUUCAGCUUCAGGUUAUGUUGAAGAAGACAGUCCAUUUACGAAAAGUGGUCAGAAGGGCACAUAUUAUUUUGAGUUCUCCAGACCCUUAAGGACGAUGGAUCGUUUUCAACAGGACGUUCAAUUUGUAAUAGGGCAGUUGAGUAAGGUGGGUGUUGCUUUCUGGUACCCACUUGAUGGGAAACCAUGGAGUGGAUCACAACACUAUUCAGCUAACUGUGAUUGGAUGCCUCUUGAUAUUGCAUCACCUUCUGGAGGUUCUUCUUACAGUGUGGGAUCAAAAAGCUCGUGGGAUGCUGCAACUGCCUUUGCCUUGUUACUGUCGGUGGUUGCUUUUUGCGUAUCAGUUUUUGUAGGAUACUGGGUUUCCAGGACCAACUCGGUUCCUUUCACGCCUAUGGACAGGCUUUAAUACAUCACUACAGUAGCAAAGUUGUAUCUUUACGUUGUAUUAUAUUUUGUGAGUAAUUGAUGUUCCGAGAUGGAUAUUAUUUCAUUUGAUUUUUUACGGAGUUGCAACUUCCGUCACACAACGAUAUGUAUGUUGCUAAUUAUUAUUUACAGCUCCGAGUGGAAUCUAAUGUUGUCUUGCAUUCUUGUGAAUGCGCA